ACAAUUAGUGUCACUGUCAGUAUCAAUAAAUUAUUUCGCAUUAACUUGUGUAUGUGUUUGUGACAAUAUUGUGUGCGUGUGUGUUUCAGUGAGUCUGCAUGAGUAUAUUCUUUGUGUGUGUGUGUGUGUGUGUGAGAGAGAGAGAGAGAGAAAAAAAAAUAUUGGGUACUUGUGUUUCAGUGAGUGUGCAUGAGUGUAUUCUUUUUUUCUUGUGUGUGUGUGUGAGUGAGAGAGAAUGUGUGUACAGGUGCUUUGGUGAAUGUGCAUAAGUAUGUUCUUUUUGUCUGUCUGUGUAUGUGUGUGUACUCAUGCGCGUCUGUGUCCGACCUAUCAGACGUUUGAAUGUUCACCAUUUGUCUUUGAACGAGAGCUCCGUUACUGUUACCACCAUGCACAUGUCAGAGAGCGUGUGCGUCUCCCUUUGUGUGUGUGUGUGGCUCGAGAAUGCGUGUGAUUGUGAAUGAGAGCUUCGUCACUGCUGUGCCUGUGCACAUGGCAGAGAGUGUGCGGAGAGCAAAGCUAUGCACGUCACGCUGUCAGACACACUUGAGAGAGAGAGGCUGAGUGGGGCGGAGAGAGGGCAGAGUCAGAGAGAGCGAGGGAGGAGAGAGACGGAGGGAAGGGGAGGAGUCUGCGCACAUGGAGCUGGCCAGGGAGGGGCAGAGACACAUGGGGCUGUCAAGCCAUUUCGCCCACGAGCGCUGACCCAUGAUCAGUUUCAGUGCAAGAAUGUACUGUAUCAGGAUUGCGGCAGAUACGCUGACUCAGGAUCGGAUGCUGGGGAGGAGAAAGAGAGGAGUCAUGACUCAUGAGGGGAGUGGCUAGAACACAUAGGCGGGAAGAGAGUAGGGGUCUGCUUCAGAGAGGGUGACAAAGGAGCCUGGGUUUCAUGAAAAUAGUAUGAUAUACAUUGGUGCACUUGUGUGUGUUUAUAUGCAUGUGUGUAUAGUGGCUUUGUUUGAGAUGGUAUUUGAAAAUAUUGUGUGUAUCAUUUGUAAAAAAAAAAAAAAAUUGAAAUACUAAUAGGCAACUUUUCUUAGGUUAAAAUGUAGAAUAAUUUUGUUAGUGGUUAAAUAUUAAUGCUAUAGGUUUGUGGGGCACAAAUACUAUGCAGUCUUUAGUGUAUGUAAUGUUUUAUGGUUUGUAGUUCCAUUGACUAUAAAACCAUACCUGAUGUGUAUCCAUUAAUAUGGAUGAAUAUUAAUAUUUAACCACAUACUCACAGGUGCUCAUGUUAUUGUUUUUGGAGUGAUAAUACAGUUGAAUUCAAAGGUAUUGGGACAGUGACACAUUUUUUGUUUUGGCUCCACUCCAGCACAUUGGGUUUGAAAUAAAGCAAUGAAUAUGAGGUUAAUGUGCAGACUGUCAGUUUUAAUUUGAAGGUAUUUGCAUCCAUAUCAGGCGGUCCAUGUAGGGAAUACUUCCCUUUUUCAGCUGUCAAACAGGAUCAGGAACACUCUCCAGGAUGUAGGCAUAAGUGUGUCAAAGACUACUAUAAAGAGAGAACUACACCGGCAUAACCAGAGAGGGUUCAGUGCAAGAUGCAAACUACUGGUAAGCCCUAAGAACAGAACGGCCAGGCUUUGAACUGGUCUGACUGGCGUCAUUCAAAACAAGCUCCCGACAUCACCGCACGUUAAAGGGCAGUUUACCCAAAAAUAAAAUGAAGUGACACCUCCCCCCACCCCUCUGGAAAGGACCAGGAUGCCGAAGGAGCAAGCCUGCCUCGGGGAGCGGGUGGCCCGCUCCUCCAGCAAGAAUGCGAAAGACAAGUGCAACAGCGCCGCCCUGCUGGCCUCCCGGGGCAGAGCAGGCAUGGAAGAGGAGGCCAGUGGACGGGCCUCGCGAUGCAGCUCAGAAAAGGAUUCUGGGUAUUCUGAUACGGGGUCAGACUCACUGGAUGACCAGCGCAGCAGUUCGAGUGGGAACUGGAGGGGAGGAGGGGGCGGGGCUGGCAGCGGAGGUGGGGCCAGCAGUGGGGGCAGCACCCCUUCAUCCUGCACUGGGGAACUCACCCCCAUCUACAUUAUUAAGAACCUGGUGCUGAAACAGCCCCUGGCAGUGCAGUCCAGCUCAGAGCAGCUCCUGCCUGGUCAGCUGACCUGGGGGGGCGGGGCAGGCCACAGCUCCCAGGGCCCUGCCCAGCUCCUCUUCAUCCAGCAGCCGGGCGUGGCCAGCCCCUCCCCCCUGCAUGUCCUGAAGCCCCCGUCCCGGAAGGGGGGUGAGAGGGGGGGCAACAAGAACAGCAAGGGGACCUACCUCCCCAUCCUCAACUCCUACCCCCGCAUUGCGCCCCACCCGAGCAAGAAGACCCCCGAGCAGGGCAAGGGGGGUGGGAAGGUGAGCAUGAGCGAGGGACAGAGCUUGAGCAAGAGGGUGUGCAUGGAGGAGAGGAGAGAGGCGGUGUCCACCACCUCCCAGACGCACAAGCAGCAGCACCACCACCACAAGCAGCAGGACGGCCGACCCCACUCCCACCCGCGUGCCUCCGCCAGCAACUUCCCCCACCCCCAGCGCCACCCGUCACCCUCCCUGCCGCGCCCCCGCCACACCCGGAAGCCACCCGCCGCCUGCCCUUCCGACUCCUGCGGCCUGGGGUCCCCGUCCGUCUCCAGCUCCGAGGCGCCCGCGCCCUCCUCCCCCGAGGCCCCGCCCACCCCCGCCCCCCGCAGCCCGGCCGAAGCGCUGGCUGCGGUCCCCGGCUCCUCGGCCCGCCAGCGGCGCUUCCUCAACACGGUGGAGAUCCUGAGCCAGUCGGGGCUGCUGGACAUCACCCUGCGCACGCAGGAGCUGCUGCGGCAGAGCGCCGCCACCGAGCGCGACAUCGCCCAGCUCCGCCACCACGCCCACCUGCUGUGCCAGGCCUCCCAGGCCGGCCUCCACGCCCCCGCCGCCUGGGACAAGCUGCUGCAGGCCAUGGCCGAGUCCGGCCGCUACCCCAACCUCGGUUGCCUGGCCCUGGAGGUCGGGUCGGGAGCAGGACCGCAGCUAGCGGGGGAAGAGGCUGCCGCUGCCGCUGCCGCUGCCGCCGCCGCCAGGGGCAACGCAACCGCCAACGGGAAGAGCAGCCCGGUCGUCGCUGUCACCAUCGUCAACCGCGACAACGAAGCUACCCCGCCUUCCCCUCUCCUUGCCCCCACUCCCGACCCACCCUUAGACUACCUAGAGGAGGUGCUGCUCGUCCCCCCCAGUCAUGCCCAUGCCCCACCUUCAGCCAGGGUCCACAGGGCCAAGUCCCCCCCAGAUAUUGUCAUGCCACCAGACAGCUCCACCAGUGGCUGCCUGCUUUAACACCCACCCAGGAAAGGCCUCGGGGUCCGAGGGCCACCCCCCUCACAGAACACUAAACUCAGUGCAGCUCACUUCACUUUCUACUUUAUUGGCUCUUGGUCUGGACACUUGACUGAUGCUUGGAAGCUCUUAGAUAAUAGAGGCGUGUGAAAUUUGAAGGCAACAACAGUGACAUGACAAGUCUGUAGAGUAGAGGAGUAAGUGUAUCUGAUUGGUCCAGAGAGAGUGAACAGGUGAUCAAUGACUUACUGUGUGGUGGGGUGGAGGGCCUUACUGUAUUCACCCCCCCCCCUUUUUUAAUCUCUCUUUGUACCCCCCCCCCCUCCCCCCCCCUUCCAGACUGUUCACUGUUCACCACAGUUUUUUGGUCAGGGGCAUAACAAGGACCUAAAAAAUAUCAAGGUCACGAGACUCAGCUGGGGUGAGGGUGGGGGGUUAGGCUGCAGUAGAUUCUUUUUUCCCUUUAAUUUAGUCAUUUAAUAAAGGACAAAUUUUAGGGUGUAAAUGCUGUAGGCCUACAUAUGCCUGUAGAUUAGCCUUACAUUUCAGAAAAUCUUAAAGACCAUUGAUUCCCUUCCUAAGUGAAUUGCAACCGAUGUUCUCACGACAGAAUGAAAUUGAAUAUAGGCGUUGGAAAUGGGCAUGAAUAAAAAUACCAAGGACAUUACCUCGGUGUCAUCAAAGGUAGUUACCGCCCUGUUUUUUGCCAUGAUGGUGUCCUCCAAACCGGCCUUGUAUUCUGCCACAAAAUCCCCAACUAAGGUUUGGAUCUGCGCUGAACUCUCACAGCCGCAUCCAGGGCUUUGGCCAAGAGGGUGGAGUGUCUGGAGGUCAGAGGUCAAAGGAAAGGCCUAAAGGAUGCGAGACCCCCCCUGAAUGAAACGGUGUACUUCCGUACAGUGGACUGUAUGAAUCAAGCCAGCUCCUGUCUUGUGUAAGAGCAUCAGCAACAUCAUUUAAGGAGCUGUGGGAGUGCUGGCAUGUUUUUUAUAAACUCAAUGCAGCAAUAGUCUCUAAACCCAUAUAAACCUUGUUUGUAUUCUUUUAGCUGUGCAUCCUUUAGUGAAGACCAGAGAUUUCCAGAGACAGUCUGUGUGCCUUUUUUGCUUAUUCCUACUAUUACAGCUUAGUUUUUUUCCUUCUUUACACACCAGCAAGGAAAAGAACAAAGCCUUUGUCCCAUUGAAGACCAGAUUGUGCUCUGUAGUUAUUGUUAGGACACUACAAACUAUGAGGAGGAUAAACGCUUCAGACAGCUGUAAUUACUUACGCAGCACACGCACCCCAGAUUUAGCUGUGUAGGACAUGAAAACUGGAGUAGAGGCGCGUAGUCAUUGUGAGAGUUCGGGGGGUGGUGGGAGGGGGGGUGCAGGUGUACUACCCUUCCUGUUUCCCCAGGGGGCUUUGUCACCUAGCAACAUCACUGCCGAUGCACAUAUUUGUACACACAAACAAAACA